AUGACGCUCCUCGACUUCUUCCGCAGCAUCCUGCGCCAUUUGGCUGCAAUGCUCCUCAUUCCUUCCACCCUUAAACACAUGGCGGUCUCGCACAAGCCUCCCAAUACAGAAGACACGCUGGUUGAGCCCAAAGACGACAUUUGCUUGUUGGAUUCUCUCAAGGACGAGAUCAUGCGGUUGUUCAGAGACCCUUGUACCAUGCGUCGAAUGCUGUCCAUGUCUUCAGCCCUUCGUACUCAGUACAAGACGAAACUGCAAGAGAGCGAUGCUUGUAUGUUGCCUUCCUAUUGUCACUCCCUUCCUACUGGGCAAGAGAAGGGUACAUAUAUCUCACUGGAUGUUGGGGGCUCCACGUUCAGGGUGGCUUUGGUGGAGCUUCAGGGGAGAAAUGCACGGCCAAGUCCCUUGGUUGUCAAACGGAUGACCACGUCCAAGAUUGACGAACGAAUACGCAGACUUCCUUCCGCACAGUUUUUCGAUUGGAUGGCUGGUAGGAUACAAGAAAUGCUGGAACAAGAGGAGGUGACGUUGCCGUCAGAUGAACCCCUGCCACUCGGUCUGGCCUGGAGCUUUCCCAUUGAACAGACAAGUCACCGUGGGGGUAAAAUGCAAGGGAUGGGAAAAGGAUUUACCUGCCAUGAAGACACCAUCGGUAUGGACUUGGGUACAUUAGUCGAAGCUGCCUGUGCUGGGAGGCAAUUGAAAGUUCGGGUCGAAGCCAUUGUCAACGACUCUUCCGCCACCCUUCUCUCUCAAGCUUACCUUGACCCUGCCACCUCGAUGGGCUUAAUCCUUGGGACGGGAACGAAUGCUGCUGCAUACCUCCCAACAUCUUGUAUGGGAAAGUCCAAGUUUGGAUUUCGAGACCCUGCAUGGUUCGACAGAGCAGAGAAAGUCAUUACGAACACCGAACUAUCCAUGUUUGGCAAACAUAUCCUGCCCGAGACUCGAUGGGACGAGUUGUUGAACUCACAGCACCAGAUGCCGGACUUUCAACCGCUCGAGUAUAUGACCACCGGUCGUUAUCUUGGAGAGCUGCUAAGGUUGAUCAUUGUCGAGGCCGUUGAAAUGGGAGAGUUGUUCCACGGCAUCAUGCCUGAAUCUCUGCUAGAGCGCUACUCACUCGACACCGAAAUCUUGGCCAAACUGGAGCAGGAUAACUCUUGGAACUUGAAGGAUUCUGUGUUCAUGAUUCAGGAUGCUUUUGGACUAAAAGUACCACCCACACGGAAAGAGAUCUCGUUUCUCCGAGCCGCGACUGAAUCUAUCUCCUACCGUGCUUCAGCGUACAUUGCCGUUGCUGUCCAUGCACUGUGGGCACUGCAAAGGGAUCCCGAGAUAAACCCAACAGCGUCAGGAGGACCAAGAACAUCGAUCGCAUGCAACGGAAGCGUCAUUCUCAAAUAUCCCGGUUUCAAGGCUCGAUGUGAAGGGUUCAUCCAACAAAUGAGCAAGGCAGGCUCUCUAACAAGGGUAUUUUCUUCGCGGAAGGUCGUCCUAGAACCGACUAGCGAGGCCGCUAUUCUCGGUGCCGCUGUUGCUGUGGCGCUAGAAAAUGUUCCUUGA